GUGCUGCCACCCGGAAACAAAUGUUUUAGUCUACUCGACUCUUACAUACUAACAUCUCAUCUAAUACUCUUAAUCUUACAUCGGACCGUUGUUGAGGAAGCUCAUCAGUCACGUUACACAUCAAACCUUCAGCUUCCCUUCCAGCACUUCAUCGGAGUGUUGAUUCGGAUUUAUGGUGACCUGACCACCAGAAUGCCUAAAAAGACCAUUCAGCAGCUGGACAAAGACAACAAGGCAACCGCCAUCGUGUAUGACUACUCCAGUGCCAAACUUGGCACCAGAAAGAGCAAAGUCAGGAGAUGUAGAAGGGAAGCAUUCCUGUCUUUGCUUCCAUGUAGGAGGUCAACUUCUUCCCGUUUUCAUACUGACAACAAAGCAUUGUCACCAUUAACUGCACGUAAAUCAAAGAGUGCACCUGUCCAAGAAUGUGGCUCCAGUAACGCCAAGCAGAAGCUGCAGGUCUCUGUCCAGACUCGCCCUCCAUGUGGACCAAACAUACUUUAUUUUGAACUGGAUCCAGAGACAUCCGUCUCAUCCUUGAAAGAGAAGAUACAUAGGAGUAUCGGUGUUUUGCCUAUGCAUCAGCAUCUGUACAUCCGAAGAAAUGUUGAGCUCUGCGAUUUACUUACUCUUCACGAAAAUGGUGUCGACAAAAACGAAAUCAUCUCACUAUCAACUGAAGAUGAGAAUCAAGAUGGACCAAAAGUGAACUGCCAAUUGGGAGGUAAAGCAGAAAAAGUCCAACCAGGGAAGCCCAACGAAACAAGAUCAGAGAGGGAGCAACAUGGAGCAACACCACACGAGGAACAGGAACGGGGAAAGAGACAAGCUCUUGACAAAGAAAAACCUCAGACUUUCUGCAGUUACAGACGCGUCAAACAGGAGUUGCAGGUCUUCGUGCAGAAUCCCCUCAUCCGUGGACCAAAGACGCUCUGCUUCCGACUGGACCCAGAGAUAUCCAUCGCAUCCUUGAAGGAGAUGAUACACAGGAGGAUUGGUGUCCAACCCCAGCAUCAGUGUUUGUACACAUGGAAAAAUAUUCGCAAAUUUCAGCUCCAUGACUUGCUUACACUCAAUGACUGUGGAGUUCAACAAGACGAGAAUAUCUCACUCCGUCUGCUAACUGAUGGCCUGCCUGGCGGUGGACAAAGAGAUCCCAAUAAUGGGGCAAAACAAGGUGUGAAUAAAAAACAACAGGACAACACUGCCAGUGCACCGGCUACUUCAAAAUGUACAUGUACAAAUGUGCCAAACCUUUCUGGUCACCCAUCUGUUGGCAUGUCAGAGAAUCAACCAAGAACAUCAAAUCAACCGACCACACACUUUGCUGUCUCACAAUUACCGCCACUAGGAUGCACUGCGUCUGAUGUCCAAUCCCCAUCUGCUGUCACUAAAUGUAAAGAUGCACUGAAGUCACGCUACAGAAGCAGUGGUUGUCAUGUACAGCUAAAUCCAUGGUUGGAUGAAGACAAGAGACACAUAAAUCACAUGUACACAAGGGUACGCUUAGUAAAUGCCAAGUUAAUAAGAGGGAACAUACUGAAAUCCUAUGAUGAUAUGUUACUCCUCAGAACAAAAGAGGGUGAUCUGGUCUCAUUAAAUGUAUUAAGUGGUCCCACUGGUAGCGGAAAGACCACUCUCUUGGACAAAAUAGCCUAUGAUUGGGCAACUGACGGUAGUGAGGUACUUAAGAGGUAUGAACUGAUCUUCAAGUUAAACAUGCGUUACUUGGAACAGGGGUCAGACCUGGUUGAUGCAGUUUUUGACCAGCUCAUUGGAAAAGACAGAGAUAUAGGAAAAGACGAUCUGUGGUCCUAUAUCAGGAGGAAUUGUGACAAAGUCCUCGUUCUGUUGGAUGGCUUUGAUGAGUUUGUGACCGAAAAUAUGAAGAAGCCCUCUUUCGGUUCCAUACUGAAAAUCCUGAAUAGAAGUUUGUGCAGGGGCUGCUCUGUAAUUGUCGGCACCCGUCACACACACUUCCACUUACUGGUAACCAGGGAACUGCUUCAGGAACCAUUCACACAUGUCAAGGUCAUGGGGUUCCAGGAGGAAGACAUGGUGAGCGAGUAUGUGCACAGAUUUUACUCUGAUGAACCAGACAAGGCUAAAGGGCUUCUGAAGAGGAUUGAAAUCUGUGACGACCUGUCCACUUUGGCAGAAAGUCCAAAGCUGCUUCUUUUGAUGUGUUUACUGUGGAGAGAAGAUUCCACACUUCCAGAAACAAUGUCACGCUUUUAUCGAAGCGUAUUCACAUACACUGGCAAAAGGAAAGGCUUGUUGGAAGAGGAUAUCUCCAGAGUCGUGAUUGCACUCGGCAAGGUUGGUUUACGGGGUCUUCUCUCUCAAGGUCAAGAGCAGAGUUUUAAAGAAAGUGACUUUGAGCGGAGUGACUAUGAGCUGGCUCUGAAAGCAGGUAUUCUGACCAGAAAGAGAAUCCCGAAGAGACUGAUCCCUCACAUCUUUGUGUAUUUCCUGUACAGGACCUUCCAGGAUUUUUGUGCAGGUACAUACUUGCGAAGCCUGUUUGAAUCAGGCUCAGAGGAAUUUCGAAACACUCUGAAUGAGAUCAUAUCACAGGGCCCAUGGGAUUUCAAGUGUCUUCUGCGCUUUUGCUGUGGUGACAAUGAGGCAUGUACACUGGAGAUACUGAAGGUAUUUCAGGACAGUUACAUGUAUCAAGACGACUUGUCACUCGACAGUUUGGUGGGUCAUUUGGCACUUGACUGUUACUUUGAAGGUCAGUGCAAGUGCUUGCCUCCUGAGGAAUUCAUACGUUCAUUUCUGACUGACCACAUUAGCAUCAGAAGCCUUAACAUUGACAGUGAACACUCGGUGAGAUACUUUGUGCAGCGCAUUGUUAAACAGACAGAGAUCGAUACCAAAGCUUACCUUGCUCAAGUAAAGAGAGUGGAUAUCAAAAUGAGCGAUGUAUGGGAUGUUGAGCCACUCGUCAGUGAGCUACCUAACUUGGUUACGUUGGAUCUCUUUCAAAAUGACCUGCGUUGUACAGCGGCAUUGUUGUGCAAGCAGGUGGGACAGUGCAAGGCACUGCAGCACCUGCACUUGAGUUACUGCUCAUUGAAUGGACAGGAUGUGAUUUGUGUUGCUGAGGCACUGAGUGAUCUACCCAGCGUGGUUACAUUAAAUCUUUCAUGGAAUGACCUGGGCGGCACAGCAGAAUGGUGGUGCAAGCAGGUGGGGCAGUGCAAGGCACUGCAGAACCUGCACUUGAGUCACUGUUCGUUGAAUGGACAGGACAUGGUGCAUGUUGCCGAGUCACUCAGCGGUCUGCCCAACUUGGUCACAUUGAAUCUUGCUUCUAAUCCCUUGGCUGGCUCGGGAGCAUGGUGGUGCAAGCAGGUGGAGCAGUGCAAGGUACUGCAACACCUGAACCUCAGUUUCUGCUCAUUGAAUGGACAGGACAUGACACUUGUUGCUAAGUCACUCAGUGGUCUGCCCAACUUGGUCACAUUGAAUCUCUCUUUCAAUGACCUGAGUGGUGCAGCGGCAUCAUUUUGGGCCGAGGUAAAGGUGUUCAAGGCCUUGCACACCCUGGAGCUCAUGGAAUGUGAGGAGACACAGGAGGAUGAAAGGUACAGCAGUGAGUUACGGGGCAACCCUGGGACUCGUUUUACACUCAUGUAUCGCUGAUUCUACCCGUGACCAGGUAUGAUUCCUCCCAACUUCCAGAUCACCAAGUCAGAAUCCAAGUCCCAGGCUUUGAGCCCUCCAACAUAUAUAAGUCCAAUCUUGCUCAUGCUAGUCGACGAUGGUUGGACUAGUGUAAUCAGCUAUUCGCCACCAGCCUUUCGAGUUCGGUCGCAUCGUUGGUUGCCGUAAACCGUUUUUAAUAGCACAGAGCAGAGAGGACCAGUUACAAGCUAAAUGCCGGGAAAAAAAAGUAUGUCACUUGUACAUGACCAUGCUCAUAUUUUAUUUUUGCUAUUUUGCCCUUCUUGCAGCCACCUUUUCUCCUCUUCGCCGAAUGACCUGACAGCAGUUGUCUAGGGUCGUUCGCAUUUUCAACUUCACUGCACAUGCGCUAGGUACAUCACAAACCACCCAUGAGUUAACUAGUGGUGCUUGAUCGAUCUUGCCCAAUGCUUCUACAUCUAAUAUUUACACAGACAUUGAGUUAUUAUGAAUACUUGUGGACAUGCACCAUGUCAUUACAAUUUUGAAAGCAUCACAAGAGUGGAUUGGCAGACAUUCCCAAUUCAAAGUGUUUAUAGUGCCAUAGUAGAGAAUGGAUUUCUCUUUGUUGACCUUGAAGAUUUUCAAAUCCCAGUUCAAAAUAAAAACUGGACCCAAACAAGUACAAGGUCAGAAAGGGACAAUUACAACUGGUUCUUGUUUCUUUAUUCCUUCCACCAUAAAUGAGUCAAGGGCCUCAGAAAGUGGAUUUUAAAAAGCACAAUUGAAGCAAAUUGAGAGAGCAAAAUGAUGGAUGUGGAUAUUACUAGAGAAUAUGUCCCACUGAUGGGGUUGGUUUGGCAGUAGAAAUACAACUUGACAUGUGAACGAGAUACUUAUUUAGAUUUGCAUUCUAAAACCAAUCAAGUCCAGUGUCUGAUCCAGUGUGCUGUGGUUUCAGCAGUGAAAGCAUUGAGGGACUCUGACAGCCUUUUCUAUCAGAAGUUGAUGGGAUCCACUGCAGAAUGACAGGUGAAGAUGUGAAGCGAUGCACUGAACACAUUUCAUUAGUGCUAUGCUGAACGUUAGUUAGAUGACUCGACUCUGUUUACUUUGUCUCUGUGCAUUGUUGCUGCAUUGCAUUUCUCCUUGGGGAGGGAGUACCAGUCAUCUACCAGCCUCUGACUGAACACAAUUCUGCCUAUACGCAGUGAGGUGAUCUUUCCUUGAUUGUGUCUCCAGAUGUUUCUGUGGUUUUGUGAUUUUCCUGGGGGAACAAGUCCCAGUCAUCUACCAGCCUGUGACUGAACACAAUUCUUCCUUUGUGUGUGUGUGUGUGUGUGUACUUGAGUAUAUCACUCCUCAUGUGUUUGAAUCAUGUAUGUCAUAUACAUGCUCCCUACAUCCCCCAUCUCACAUGGGUACAGAAGGAAGCUGUGUCAUUUUCUGACAGUUGAAAUGUCAAACGCUCUGGUUCGGAAUUCUCAGUGUAAAAAUGGUAUAUCGAUUCUCGUUAUCGUACUGCAUGAAACCGCCUUGGGAUUGUAGUUGGGAGUACAGUCCUUUCAGCCAUGCCUCACUGUGAGGUUUUGUGGCCUUUGAAGCAGCACUGUCCAUAUUGAGGAUUUAAAAAAGAAAAAAAAGGCAAAUAAUCUGUAACAAUGGUGCACCGUAGAAUAUGCUUGAUGUCUCUCGACCCUGCAUUGAUUUGACUGAUGAUACCCUUUAACAGAGGAAGAAAGAGGGAGGUAGUUGAAUUAACUGAUAAGUAAUCUGUGAAGGAUUGAGAAGCUUAUCACAUUAUACCAGCGAUUUGACUGUGACACCUUGUAACAGUUGUAAUUACAUGUACAUGUAUAGUCAGGGCUUCAUAGUGUGUGAUUGGGGAUAUCAACACUGUACAAAUGUAUUCAGAUAUACGUGUAUAGAACCAGGAGUUCAAACAAGUUUGUGAUAAUGGAAAUAAUGCAGAUAUUGAGUUCAACUUGUGAAUAAGAGAGAGCUUUAUUUUUCUGUUUCAUCCUAUGUAGAUAGUCUGACAUGCAAAGAGGUGUUUGCCUUUUGAUGAUAAAUGUAAAUAAUAAUUCAACUAUUUAAUUCUAAUUUGAAGGAACAAAUCAUCCUUUUUAUUUGAUAUCAGUUGUUAGUACAUUUGACAUACAUGGAGUAAAGAUGAUAGUUUUUUGUAACCAGAAAUCAGAACCAUGGAACUUGCCAGUAGUUAGUUCUCUGCAAGUCUAAAUGUGUUAUUUCCUAUUCAUAAAUUGCCACCACUAAAACCAACUAUAACCUACAACGUAUGUACCAUUGCAAUCUUGUAUCACAAGUCCCUGUCAGUGGAAACAAGAGCACAGCCACAAGAUAUAUGCAUCUAUGUUACCUGUAGUUAUUGGAAAGCUAGCGUUAUUGAUAUAAAAUGCUGUACAUUAACUGAGUGCAGUAGUGCUGACAAAUCUCUAGUGGUUGAAGUCAUAAUGUUUGUCACUUUAAUGAACCUCUGCCGAACUUAGUUUCAAAAGGGACUUGAGCGACCGUUGCCACAGAUUUCUGACAUGUAGUGAGACAAACGUCCUCCAUUUUUUGUUGGUUGGUACGGUGUACUUUGUUUUCAAAUUUCUGGCAAUUUCAUUUGACAAAGUUUUGGUUGUAUUUUGAGGUGAUGAUGCUGCAAGUCCAGUGAAAUUAGUUUAUACCAAACGUAAGAGGAAAUUUUUUUUUUCACCGUCUGGCUAUAAAUCAUCUCAUUUAUUUCAAAAGUUGAGGAAAUGACAUGCACCGCUUGUUGCCAAGUGAAUGCGCUUUGAAACGAUAACACAGCACUGUAACACUCCCUGAAUUUUGGGGUGUAAAUAACAAUAAUUUUACCACGUGGAAAUUUCCAGGAACCAGGAGAGAGACUGAUCCUACUUUCAAUGCCCACUAGACCAAAAAGAUGGGGUGUACCUCAUUUGCAUUUUUCACUCAUAUAAUGCCAGAUUAGUUUAAGAGAAUGUUACAUAUCAAUUGCAAAUGUCAUGUUGAACAAAGACGACAGGUGUGUAGUGUAUACAAACUAAGUUUGGCAUCUGCACAUUGCAUAAAUGCAUUGGUUGUACAUUUAAUGGGCUCACUUGUAAACUUUGAAUGUGUACAAAUGUAUUUUGUUAUGAUUGAUAAUGUUUUCUUGUAUUGGAUGAACUGAAAUAUGACUCGACAAUGUUUUGUGUGUGUGGUACUAGCACAUCUCAGUGGACUCCACAAUAUGUUCAGACUUUGAUUGGUGAUUCCAAACAGCAGCGUCAAUGAAAUAUUUCUCUUGUGAAGUUUGUGCAGAGACCAUGCAGAAGUGAACCCACUCUAUCAUAGUGAGGCAUGUUCUGAUAGGUUUGAUUCAUUACCUCCAGAACAAUACAUUCUAUUAAUGUAUUAUAUACAAGUAUAACACUGCCUUGGUGUUUUGUUGUUGCAGAUUAUGCUGGAGUGUCCAACAAAGAAUCAGUUUGUCUCUAUUAUUCUUGUGUCUCUUGAUCCAUGUAUUACUAGUUAAAGGUUGAUUGGAUCAGAAAUACAGAGUGUGAUGAUGUCACCAAUAUGAACAAAAAGCACACUUUUAGAAUAUUUUACAGGUAUUAGAUUUCUUCUUGACAAGAAAGCAGUCACAGAUUCGUCUAGUAAUGCUGAGUUGCUUAAUGGCAAGCUGAGAAAGCCCUGGAUCUGAUACCAAAUCAAAACAUCUGCUGAAGUUGUACUGAACAGAGAUUCAUAUUCCCCGGCCAUAUGGGAUCUCAGACUUAACCGGGCGCUUAAUUUGUGGCUAGCUCAACUGUGACAGUGGCCUGUAAAACCAUGUCAGUUGAGACUCUCCAUAACCUGACUUUGCACUCUACCGAAUUGACAGUAUUGUAAACAGAUUGAUUUGACAUAGUAUUUGGUAUCAGUCCCGCCCCUCUUUUGUUUGUGUACUGUUUUCCGAAUAAUUCGAUAAGUAUUUCCCAUUUUGCAAGGCUUGAACCUGUAGCUUAGUUUGUUGAAAAUACAAACAUGUUUUAAACAUUCUAUCAUUGAUUAGCUAUCAAGCAAAUCCUAAGUAAAAUAAAUUGCACAUCUAAUGUGAAACUUGCAGUCAACUUGAAGGAGCAUUUAAAACAUAUGAUCUGAUUUUGAGAGCACCUGUUUUGAAUUUUGGAAUGUCAUUUUUAUUUGAAAGUUUCAAUGUGAACGGAAUCUUGGUUUUGGCAUUAAAAUUGCUCAUGAAAUUGUUA